GAGUUGAGCAGUGAGACUGCAGGAGCAACAAUGUAUACACCAAAACUGCUCUAUUAAGCUAGAAUUGUUUUGGUUACUAUAGCGUCCCUUUAAAUUUUAAUUAACUUUGAAUAUAUGCUUUAGUUUAGUAAAGAAACUUUGUCAAUGUUACAGUAAUUCCAUGGCCAGGCAGCAGGUGGCGCUGUGCUCAGUAUUACAGUAAUUCCAUAGCCAGGCAGCAGGUGGCGCUAUGCUCAGUAUUACAGUAAUUCCAUGGCCAGGCAGCAGGUGGCGCUGUGCUCAGUAUAACAGUAAUUCCAUGGCAAGGCAGCAGGUGGCGCUGUGUUCAGUAUUACAGUAAUUCCAUGGCCAGGCAGCAGGUGACGCUGUGCUCAGUGGUACAGUAAUUCCAUGGCCAGGCAGCAGGUGGCGCUGUGCUCAGUAUUACAGUAAUUCCAUGGCUAGGCAGCAGGUGGCGCUGUGCUCAGUAUUACAGUAAUUCCAUGGCCAGGCAACAGGUGGCGCUGUGCUCAGUAUUACAGUAAUUCCAUAGCCAGGCAGCAGGUGGCGCUGUGCUCAGUAUUACAGUAGUUCCAUGGCCAGGCAGCAGGUGGCGCUGUGCUCAGUAUAACAGUAAUUCCAUGGCCAGGCAGCAGGUGGCGCUGUGCUCAGUAUUACAGUAGUUCCAUGGCCAGGCAGCAGGUGGCGCUGUGCUCAGUAUUACAGUAGUUCCAUGGCCAGGCAGCAGGUGGCGCUGUGCGCAGUCCUAACGCGCAUGCGCAGAGCGGUCCCACGGAAGCAUGGCUCAGAGCGGUGAGAAGAGGAAGCGGGAGGACAAUGAUGGCGGCAUUGGGGACUCUGGUUCCUCACAGGAGCAGCCCCUGCCCGGCUUCCAGCUGCACUCAGUACUGCGAGAAUCCGCGCGGGACAAAACCAUCUUCCUGCACGGCAAAGUGACGAGUGUUUCUCACGGUACGCAAGAUGCGGUGGUCAUUCUGGAGCGAUUUCCAUUCCAAGCAGAAACCGUUUCCAGUCUGCUUACCAACCAGCCAGAGCUGAAGCUACAGUUAAAGAAUGACAUUUACAGUGUUUAUCAUUUGAACCCCCCUCCAGAACUAAAUGAAGUGAAAACCACGGUUAUCUGCCCUGCUACAGAGAAACAUAUCAAGAAGUAUCUGCAUCAAGACUUGUACUUAAUCCACGAGACCGGGGAGGAUUAUAAAACCAUUACAUUGCCAUUUAUUGAGGCUCAGAGUUUCAGCAUUCAGUGGGUUUACAAUAUCCUGGAUAAGAAGGCAGAGUCUGAACGCAUAAUUCAUGAAGAUCCAGACCCCGAGCAUGGUUUUAUCCUCAUUCCAGAUUUUAAGUGGAAUCAGAAACAGGUAGAAGAUCUGUACCUCAUUGCUAUUUGCCAUCCCCGUGGCAUCAAGUCUCUGCGGGAUCUCACUUCCGAUCAUCUUCCAUUGUUAAGAAACAUUUUGCGCGAGGGACAGGAAGCCAUAUUGAAGCGCUAUGGUAUCCAUGGAAACCAGCUACGAAUUUACCUUCAUUAUCAGCCUUCAUAUUAUCACCUGCACGUACAUUUCACUGCACUCGGACAUGACGCUCCUGGCAUUUCUGUGGACCGUGCUCAUCUUCUGUGCGAUGUGAUCCAAAACCUAGAAUGCGACCCACAAUACUACAAAACACGAACAUUAACAUAUGCCCUUAGGGCAGGUGAAGAGCUCCUGGAAAAAUAUAGAGCAGCUGGAAAAUGUUAAAUGUUUUAAAUGUUGAUUGUGAUUUUUUUUUUUUUUUUAUACUGUAGGAAAGAAAAUACAAAUAAAA